AUGUUCGACUUGACAUUUGGAUUCAAGGUUCUAGGAGCCUUGGUCGCUCUCGCUCUGGCAGGCAAGGUCCUCCACGCUAAGAUACGCUCAAAGUCACGCCUGCCUCUUCCUCCUGGUCCUCCUGGACAUUGGCUAUUCGGAACUCCUCUGCCAAGAACCAAUCAAUCUCAGCAGUUUGCAGAAUGGAUCAAUACCUAUGGACCCGUGAUCUCGCUUCGGAUCGGGCCUAAGAUCAUGAUAGUCCCAAUACUGGUUGCCGAGUACAUACCCACCUGCACAGGAACUGUCGAUAUAAUGGAGAAAGAAGGUGGUCUACUAGCGGACCGUCCUCGUGCAGUUGCGGCAGGAGAGAUCUUGUCGUGCGGGCUGCGUUUGAUCCUUGUACCCGCAGGAAAGCAGUUCCGCAGACUUCGCAGAGCGGCUCACACUCACCUUCAAGCGAAAGCUGCAGCAUCCUAUGCGCCAAUCCAGAUGGACGCUGCCCGUGAUGUCAUCUUCGAUAUCCUUAAUAACCCUCAAGGACACCAAACAGCUGCGAAUCGUCGACACCCACCGCCACAGAUCAUCGUCAUCCACAAAAUGCUCAAGCGCUUCCAAAUGCUCAUGCGACCUGGUGCAUUACUGGUAGAGCGCUACCAGAUAUUAAAAUACGUUCCGGGAUAUGCAACCGAGUUGGAGCAGUGGAGAAGGGAAGAGAGUCAGCUCUUCCAUGACCAACUUGAUCGCGUUUCGAGAGAAUUGGCGACUGGCAAAGCUGGCCCCCCGUUUGCUCGUUAUCUUCUUGAGAACCAGUCUUCGCACAAGCUCUCGGACGAAGAAAUGGCUUAUCUCGCUGGAUCUCUCUUUGGCGCUGGUUCGGACACGAUUGCUGUUGCGAUUAUGGUUCUCGUCAUGGCUUCUGCAUGCUAUCCCAAGGCUCAGGAGAAAGUGCAAGAAGAACUGGACGUCGUCAUUGGGCGUGACAGAGCUCCCACAUUCGACGACUUCAACUCCCCCCCGCAGAUUGAAGCAUUCAUGCUGGAAUGUCUUCGCUGGAGACCCGUGACAACUCUUGGAUUCGCACACCGUGCCUUGACUGAUAUCCCAUACAAGAACAUGUGUAUCCCAGAAGGUGCUAUCGUCUUUGGCAACCACUGGGCAAUCUCCCGUGACCCAAGCGUCUACACCAACCCUGACCAGUUCGAUCCUCAGAGGUGGCUCAACACCGACGGCACAAUCCGGGACGACCUCAAGUUCCCUUCAUUCGGUUUUGGACGCAGAAUCUGCCCAGGACAACAUAUAGCCAACCGCUCGAUCUUCAUCAACGCUGCACUCCUCUUGUGGUCUUUCAAGAUCACGCAGGACCCUGAGAACCCGAUUGAUGAGUCGGGUUUUGUGGAUGGUGUUAUUGCACAUCCUAAGCCGUUUGCUGCGUGUUUUGAGCCGAGGUUUGGGGAUGAGGCGUCAUUGAGGGGGGUGAUGGGGAAGUAUGGGGAGGGGUUGUAG